GUAUUUAGAUCUUGUCUCCUCCUGCGCUGUGCUGUUUUAACGCUGCGUGGACCGGACACACGGACAGAGACCCUGCUUCUCUGGGUGUCAGGCUCCGCAGCUGUAAAAUGAGGGUUUGGGGCAGGGCUGGGGGGCAGCGGCUGAGAAGCUGCCCGGGACAGCAGGAUCCGACCGACCUGCGGGGGCCUGGGCUCCAGCCCCCGCCCAGCUCCUGACUCCGGCUCCCUGCCAAGGUGCACCCUGGGGGGCAGCCGCGUGGCUCAAGUACCUGGGUCCCUGCGCCCCGCCCCCCGUGGGAGACCGGGUGAGCUCCUGGCUGAGACCUGGCCGUUGCGGCCCUGUGGGGAGUGAACCAGCAGGAGUGGGGGCUCUCCCUCACAAAUGAUGUUGGGGUUUUUUGUUGUUGUUGUUAAUAUGAGGGUUUGGAUCAGAGACUCCAAAUUUGACUAUGGCAUGUGACUUCCCAGGGGGAGUCUGUUACAAGGUCAGGUGCCUGGGCGCGAACACACGCCUAUGGGGUGCUGCAGGCCAGCUGUCAGCACAGCCAGGGUGGGAGACCCUGGACCAGGUGGUCCCCGCCGCCCAGCAUCAAGGCCCUCUGCUUCCUUCCCAGGACGUGGUUUUUAUACGCUAACGCGGAAGUGGGAGAAGGGAGGCUUGCGGAGUGACCCCUCCUGGGAACAGUUUUGCAUCGAGGACAGAGCCUGGGCAGUCCCUCAGAUGGACAGAUUCCUCUUGAAGGGGGCUCCAGGCAGCCUUCCGGGGGAGGGGAAGGAGGAGACGGGAGAAGAGCCGGCUGCGGCAGACGGGGACGGGGAGCCCAGCAGCAAGAGGCCCCGGCGAGAGGCCGGCGCGAGCGGGACCCACCCGGCAGACCCCAGCUGGCGGCACAUUCGGGCCGAGGGGCUGGACUGCGAUUAUACCGUCCUGUUUGGCAAAGCCGAGGCCGACGAGAUUUUCCAGGAGUUGGAGAGAGAAGUGGAGUACUUUACAGGUGCACUGGCGAGGGUCCAGGUGUUUGGGAAGUGGCACAGCGUGCCCAGGAAGCAGGCGACCUAUGGUGACGCGGGGCUGACGUACACGUUCUCAGGCCUCACGCUGUCUCCACGGCCCUGGAUCCCUGUCCUGGAGCGUGUCCGAGACCGCGUGUCUGGAGUGACAGGACACACCUUCAACUUCGUGCUCAUCAACAGGUACAAGGACGGCUGUGACCACAUUGGAGAGCACCGGGACGACGAAAGGGAACUGGCCCCCGGCAUCCCCAUUGCCUCCGUCUCCUUCGGGGCCUGCAGGGACUUCUUCUUCCGCCACAAGGACUCCCGGGGCAGGAGCCCGGCCCGGCGCGUGGCGGGGGUGCGGCUGCAGCUGGCCCACGGGAGCCUGCUGGUGAUGAAGCCCCCCACCAACACGCACUGGUACCACAGCCUUCCCGUCCGCAAGAAGGUGCUGGCUCCGCGGGUCAAUCUGACGUUCCGGAAAAUUGUGCCUACUAAGAAAUAAAAGUUAACAGUUA